CGGACUGCCUCAUCUGCUGCUGGGACGGUUGAGCUCUUCAAGCCCGUAGAUAAACUUCUGCUCCAUACUAGUUAGACUAGACAAGUCAGGCAGUUUGCAGUGGCCAAAAGUAUUUUCAUCGAGGUCUGCAAAAGACAAAUGAAAGUCAGAUAUUGCGAUGCGCAAAUAGAUAGGAACAGUAGAGUGAAUGGAGCAGGAGCGCGGAUGGAAUAAGACAGGAUGGGAAUGGGAGGUGUAGUAGGUUACUCUGAAGUCUGUCCUUGAGCGCACAGGACAGAGGCAUCAAUGAAGGCAGGGGCAGGAACAGAAACUUUAAAUGCACGUUUUUCAGGCAAUACAGGAUUCGCUUCGGAGCAGUCUGGAUGAAGGGCAUCUAUCUAGAAUGCUUACCAACAAACUACGUGGCAGCCGAAGAAAGCACGAAGGAGAAAGCGUUUGCUGUGAUCUACGGAGAGGAGUUACGUGUGCAUGUGUUUCUCAUCUAUCUCAAGUGAUAUGGCAGGGAACUGACUGAGAGAGAGAGAGAGAGAGUUUAUACAGAAGAAAUUCAUCUGGAAACAGUAAAAGGUGCUGAUCUCUGGAACCAAGGCAACCCAUCAGAAAUGAAACAGCUGUUCUCAUCACACGUGAAUCUUAGACUGGACUCUGACACCAGGCAUCUUCUGAUUGUGCAAGAUCCACUGAAUGCACCUCAUGUCUCUGAACUGAAGUGACAUUCAUCCCUGGACUUGAAGUCAGUUGCCACGUAUAGAAAUUGAACAUUGAAUUUUGAAGAUGUCGCAACAGAUCUAAAAAUUACACCUCAGUGGGAACACAUUUUACAUUAACUCACACACAGUUUUCCACUGAGGACCAGACUUUGCCCUUUUGGCACCAUGAUGGAUAUUAGAAAUUUCACAAUCUAAAUAAUUUCCAUGCUGAUACACCUAAUAGCUGUGGCGCCCCUUGCCUUUCUCUCAUGCCCAUGGACCCAUCCAGUGCCAUGCUCUCACAGGCGCUCCUGCUCUUACAGUGCAUUAUUCUGACUCUCGGCAAGUACGAUAUCUGUAAGUCGCUGGUCAGCACAGACGAUGGACCAACAUGGGAAUUUUACGCUUGCCAGCCCAAACCCAUGUCCAUGAAGGAGUACAUGCAGAUUAGAGUGGAGCCUCCCGAUAUCACAUGUGGGAAUCCACCGGAGAGGUUCUGCACUCUGGAAAACCCAUACCUGUGUAGUGAUGAAUGCGAUGCCUCCACCAAAGAACUCGCCCAUCCUCCAGUGCUGAUGCAAGAUAGCGAGCGAACCGGACUCAUCACAUACUGGCAGACUGUAACAUGGGGUCGUUAUCCUGAGCCUCUUCUGGCCAACAUAUCCUUAUCCUGGAACAAAAGCCUGGAGUUAGCAGAUGACGUCCAGAUAACCUUUGAGUACGGGCGGCCCACAAAAAUGGUGCUGGACAAGUCCCUGAAUUAUGGACGAACCUGGCAGCCUUACCAGUACUACGCCGACGACUGCAUGGAUGCCUUCGGGAUGUUGCCAAAGAGGGUGCAGGAUCUGUCGGCCACGAACGUGACUAGAGUCAUAUGUACCGAGCAAUACUCUCGCUGGGUCGGUUCCAAGAAUGAGAAGAAUGUGCGGUUCGAGGUCCGGGAACGCUUCGCCAUAUUUGCUGGGACAAAAUUACAAAACAUGGACAACUUGUACACACGCAUGGAGAGUAUGAAAGGCCUCCGAGACUUUUUCACCUUCACAAACCUGCGGCUUCGGCUGCUGAGACCGGCGCUCGGAGGAACUUACGUACAAAGAGACAACCUGCUCAAGUACUUUUACGCCAUCUCCAAUAUCGACAUACCAGCAAGGUGUAAGUGUAACCUCCACGCCGGUCAGUGCUCCCUCCGUGACGGGACCCUUCAGUGCGACUGCGAGCACAACACCACUGGACAAGACUGUUCGGCCUGCGAGAGAGGAUUCAAAGCCAAGUCCUGGAAGCCCGGCUCAUACCUGCCCACCCCGAACGGCUCCCCGAACAUUUGUACGAAUUAUACACCUGCUGUAUUCAUGCAAACACUAGCAGUUACGCUUGACCCUGCCACUGUACCAAUGUCCAUAACUACAUCCAUAACACCACCCACAGUCCAACUGACCUCAGACUCAACACCAGCCGCCACAGGUUCAGUCCAGCCGAUCGCAGUAACCCAGACUCGGGGUACAUCAGCAUCUGUAAACAUGUUUACAGACACGGCCACCUCUAGUGACACAUCGACUUCUCCUCCUGCCCCUACAGGCGGCUCAGCGAUCCCUGAAUCCCUCACCAAUACACCAGCUGCUACCAUCUCGAGCCAGACAGACACCUCGUCUUUAACUACGGUGCCAUCUCCGUCUAGUCCAACACUCACAGUCGUACCCACUGCACCUGACCAGCCAGUUUCCGCAGCACCAGAUGUGAUACCCGAUGCGGCCACUGCAGCAACCGACACCGUGACUGCAACAACUGGCUUUGUUACAAGCAAUCCACUUUCUGUUCUUCCUGAGGUUACUGAUUCAUCUGCCUCAUCCUCUGGCGGCACUGCAACAACACUUAAUAUGGACAUCCAAGCAAUAUCUUCUGCAACCAUGGCAACAACACCUUCUGCAACCAUGGCAACUUCUGAAACAACAUCUUCAGCAUCAGCUAGCACCAUUCAACUGCCAACAUCUCUUGCUGUUGAUGCAGUUUCCCUUGUUUCUGAUGGAUCUCUAGUGGAAGUGGGUGCAAUGGUUACAGCAAAUACUGCAGUAACCUUAAUUACAAGCACAGUUAUGUCCUCAACUGAUGCAGUGAUGAAGACAGUUGAUGCACUCCCUCCAGACAUUGAUUUGAUUGUCCCAGCAUCUGAUGUUCCUCUAACUCCUGCAUCUGAUGGUGAUGCACCUGCAACUGAUGCCGUCGCAGCUGUAACAGAUGCUCCAGCAACAGUUACAGUUUCUCCUGAGAUUGCGUCCAUUGCCCCAGCAACUUCAGACUCAGAUGCUCCUGAAAGUCCAGGUGAUGCAGAAGCAACCAAUGUGUCUGAUGAAAUGAAACCUGCUCCUGAAGAUCCAGGUGAUGGUGCUGAAAUUGUCACAGCAGGUGCGGAAACAGUCACUGAUGCUGCUCCUCAACUUAAUGCUGAGAGUGACAGUAAAACUCCAUCUGAAGUAGGAGAGAAGAGUGAAGUUCCUCUUGUUGAGACCAAGGAAAAAACAGCGACAAAUCUGGAGAAGACAGAUAAAGAUGCUCCUGAAAGUAAACCUCCAUCUGAAGUAGGAGAGAAGAGUGAAGUUCCUCUUGCCGAGACCAAUGAGGGAAAAACAGCAACAAACUUGGAGAAGAAAGAUAAAGAUGCUCCUGAAAGUAAACCUCAAUCUAAAGUAGAUGAAAACAGUGAAGUUCCUCUAGCUGAGUCCAAGGAGAAAAAAACAGCAACAAACUUGGAGAAGAAAGAUAAAAAUGUAAAAGCCCCAGUAUCUGGUGACAUUAAGAAGAAGAACGAGGCUGGGAAAACCGGAGAGAGCAGGGAAGCCAAAGAGGAAAAGAAAGAGAAGGAAAAAAAGAAAGAAAAAGAUUAUGAAAAGAAAGACUAUGAGAAGAAAGUUGUUGCGAGGAUUUUGAUCCCUGGGGGGCCAAAAACACAGUUGUCAAGAAUAGCGUACAUCAGAUUUCAAGACUGCGAGUGCAACGGUCACUCAAAUCGCUGCAGUUACAUUGAUUUCAUCAACAUUGUGACUUGUGUGAGCUGCAAACACAACACUAGAGGGCAGAACUGUCAGCACUGCCGCCUCGGAUACUUCCGGAAUGCUUCCGCUGAGCUGGAUGAUGAGAAUGUUUGCAUAGAGUGUAACUGUAAUCAGCUGGGCUCCUUUCACGCCCGGUGCAAUGACACAGGCUUCUGCCAGUGUCGAGAGGGCAGCACGGGCCAGAAGUGUGAGGACUGCCUGCCUGGAUAUACCUGGAAGCAAGGCUGCAUGCCAAACGUGUGCGACGACGAGCUCCUCCUGUGUCAGAACGGCGGCUCCUGCAUCCAGAACCAGAAGUGCGUGUGUCCGCCCAGCUUUAGGGGCGUUUUGUGCGAGCAGCCACGCUGCCAGGGCGAGAAAGGGUGCGACGGCGCAUCGGCCUGCUACCUCAGCACACUGACGCUGCUGCUCUGCCUUCUAGCCAACAGCCUGCUUAAAGCCAGCGCCUAGAAACCCAUCUUAGUCCUGAUAUCGAUCCUAGUCUACGCAGGCCAAAGGGCUGAACCCUGCAGACGGACAGAGAGUGGCCUGAACCCGUACGGACCCAGCCUCACGGUGCUGAAAUCUUUUUUGGAAAUGGCGGCGGCUGCGCUGAGGUCAAACGACAUCUUCAUGAGACGAGCAGUUUAUUGCUCGUCUACUAGCAUCACUGAUCGCCUGAACUUUAUACCAAAAACAGAAUAAAAACAACUUAAGUUCAGUUUCAGCUCACUCUACACAAAACUCUAUAGAAAGUGGAGAAAUAUAUAGAUGCGGUUUCAUUUCCUUUGCAUUUCUACUUUCUCUGUAGUUUCGGCGCUCACCGAGGUACAAGCACUGCACUUAGCCAGCUUGUUUUAACGAACAACAAACGGUCGAUAUCACGGAAGCCUACUUAUGCCAAGUUAUUCUUCUUCUCUUGAAGACUUGUUUUUACAUUUCCUUUCAUUGCUGCAUUUUUCUCGCAUUUUAUUGCCAUUGAGGUUGUAACAAGUAGAUGAAACCGAUGGAAAAGAUGUUUAAUCGCCGAAUGAAUGUCUCUAUAGCUUGUGUUUGAGAUUAUGUUUAUGGAAUGUAGAAAGAGGUUUUAAAUUGUCACACUGAACAAAUAUACAUAUAUCAGUCUACCUGAAAGGAAAUAUGAAGUAUUGUAUAUUAUGAUUAUUAUUAUUUCAAUAUUUUUUGUAGAAAUUGUUAUUUUUGUUGAGUAAAUGUUACCAUUGUAAAGACAUUGCAGCAUUUAUUGCAGUGCAUAUGGUAUUCACACCAUGGUAAAACUAUAUUUGAUGAUACAUCAGAGUGCAUCUCUAAUAUAUUUGGAAUAUUUCUCCAUUCAUACCAUUAAAUAAAGCAUAAACGGUUCAUUACAUGCACAGCUUUAGCUCAAUGUAACCUGCACAUCAUCUUGUUACUGGCAUGCAUUCAUCAGUGCAGAUAUGACCAUUCAGGACUGCUUAUUAACACAGGAUGAUAAGUACAUUCCUAAAGCACAAAGUCCCACAAACCCCAAAUAAAUACUAGAUAAUUAUGAAGCACAGAAAGAAAAAAAAAAUGCAUCGCCAAGCAACACAAUUAGAAUGGCCAUUCAGAUUAACAAUUAAAAAUUCAGCACACUGUAUAUCAUGCAAUCAGGUUAUUUUUCAAAUAAUUUUAUUUUCCUUGCGCGAGUCUCAAAGAAAUGCCAAAAUCUUUAGCGGCUCAUGGGCUUUUUGAUGUAUUUCAUAUUUACAAAUGCUUUACAUUCAUGAUGAGCCAGGGUAAAUAAAAUACUAUCAAUAAAUAUUAUAAAUGAAUAAAACCUGACAAUCAGAAAGCACAAAGAGACGUGAGUGAAU